CGCACAAAGACAACAACCCCUCUGACAGAGAAAGGAUCGUCGCUACGUGGACACAGCCUCGCUUCCAACCUUGACGACCGUUGACACUGCGCUGUGCUGUGCUACUGGGCUGCCGUUGGACGCUUGAAACCCGGACGAACCUGCCAUCAUGGGUGCCGCUUGUAGCAACUCGAACACUGUCUUGACCCGCAACACUCAUCCCCCGGAGCCACUCGCUGCCAAGGCACCCUUGGCUGCUCAGCUGCCCAGCCAUGUCAUCCCCGUCUCCAGCAAACCAGUGCAAGCCACCACCGUCCCCGUUGUUGAUUCGCAACAGUCAUCAACAACCGCACCUGUCGAGUUAGAUGCCGAACCCAGCGAGCAAGCAGCUGUUGAAUCCACGCCCAUUGCCGAAGAAGCCGCGGCACCCGCAACAGAGUCGGCUCAGGCUCCAGCUGAUGAGCCUUCCGCUCCUGCUGAACAUCAAUCUGCUCCUGCUGAGGAGGUCGCUCCAGUUGAGGAGACUGCUGAGGAGUCUGCUCCCGCUGAGGAGUCUGCACCCGCUGAAGAAGCCGCUGCACCCACUGAGGAAGCCGCUGCUCCUGUUGAGGAGUCUGCACCCGCUGAAGAAGCCGCUGCACCCACUGAGGAAGCCGCUGCUCCUGCUGAGGAGUCUGCACCCACUGAGGAAGCCGCUGCUCCCACUGAGGAAGCCGCUGCUCCCGCUGAGGAGGCUGCUCCUGCUGAGGAGGAGGAGGCCGCUGAGGAAGCCGCUGAGGAAGCUGCUGCUCCCGCUGAGGAGACUGCUGAGGAGGCCGCUGCUCCCACUGAGGAGUCUGCACCCGUUGAGGAAGCCGCUGCUCCCACUGAGGAGCCUGCUCCUGCUGAGGAGUCUGCACCCGCUGAGGAAGCCGCCGCUCCCGCUGAGGAGGCCGCUGCUCCUGCUGAGGAGACUGCUGAGGAGGCCGCUCCCGCUGAGGAGGCCGCUGCUCCUGCUGAGGAGUCUGCACCCACUGAGGAAGCCGCUGCUCCCGCUGAGGAAGCCGCUCCCGCUGAGGAGGCCGCUGAGGAAGCCGCUGAGGAAGCUGCUGCUCCCGCUGAGGAGACUGCUGAGGAGGCCGCUGCUCCCACUGAGGAGUCUGCACCCGUUGAGGAAGCCGCUGCUCCCACUGAGGAGCCUGCUCCUGCUGAGGAGUCUGCACCCGCUGAGGAAGCCGCCGCUCCCGCUGAGGAGGCCGCUGCUCCUGCUGAGGAGACUGCUGAGGAGGCCGCUGCUCCCACUGAGGAGUCUGGUUCUGCUGAGGAGUCUGCACCCGCUGAGGAAGCCGCUGCUCCCACUGAGGAGUCUGCACCCGUUGAGGAAGCCGCUGUUCCCGCUGAGGAGGCUGCACCCGUUGAGGAAGCCGCUGCUCCCGCUGAGGAAGCCGCUCCCGCUGAGGAGGCCGCACAAGCCGCUGAGGAAGCCGCUGCUCCUGCUGAGGAGACUGCUGAGGAGGCCGCUGCUCCCACUGAGGAGUCUGCACCCGUUGAGGAAGCCGCUGCUCCCACUGAGGUGCCUGGUUCUGCUGAGGAGGCCGCACCCGCUGAGGAAGCCGCUGCUCCCACUGAGGAGUCUGCACCCGUUGAGGAAGCCGCUGUUCCCGCUGAGGAGGCUGCUCCUGCUGAGGAGGCCGCUGAGGAGUCUGCACCCGCUGAGGAGACUGCUGCUCCUGCUGACGAGACGGCGGAAGAUGCUACCGCUGCCGAGGGUGAUUCAACUCAAGAAGAACCUGCUGCUCCUGCUGAGGACAGCACGACAGAAGCUCAGGAAGCAACAGCCUAG